CAGUAGGGCCUGUCAUUCGUCAACAAGCCGUGGUACCGCGAGGUCGAGGCCUCUGCUCCACAACACUUUCACUAACCGUGGUGCGCGCGCGCAGGUCACUUGUGUUUAUGUCGUGAACUCAAAUUUCGAACACAAAAAAAUAUGGACGCGAAAAAUAAUAAUGUGCUGCCCUUCGAGAUCAGGGACGUGGAGCCUGAACUGGCUGAUGAGCUGAUGAAGUAUUUUACUGGCGAGCUGACGGGCUUCGUGCAGGUGGGGCCGAAGCGCUACUUCCUGCCCAAUAAGUACAAGCAGGAGGCGAGGAACAUCUACAACAUGCCCGUCCGACCCACCGACAUCUUCGUCGCGAGCUACCCACGCUCCGGCACAACAUGGACUCAGGAGCUGGUGUGGAUGGUGGCCAACGACCUGGACUACGAGAAAUCAGACGCCAUCCCACUCACAGAAAGAUAUCCGUUUUUAGAAUUCUCAAUAUUCGUCCACCCGAUAAUGAAGGAGCGUUUCCGUGAAGAGAACAAGCACAGUCCCCAGAAGCUGAAACUCCUCGAGCUAGUCUCCCAACCUGGGACAGAGCAGCUGGCGGCCGUCACCGGCGCGCGGUUCAUCAAGACGCACCUCCCGCUGUCGCUGCUGCCGCCCGCGCUGCUCGACCACGGCAAGAUGGUGUACGUGGCGCGCGACCCCCGGGAUGUUGUCGUCUCCUUCUAUCACCUGAACAGGUCCAUGAGGACGCAGGGUUAUGUGGGAGAUUUUAAGACCUACUGGAACUACUUUAUUCGGGAUUUGCAUCACUGGACUCCAUACUUCGAUCACCUAAAAGAAGCGUGGGAAAAGAGACAUCAUCCCAAUAUGCUGUUCCUUUUCUAUGAAGAACUAUCAAAGGACCUGCCGGCGGCGGUGCGUCGCGUGUCCACAUUCCUGAACAAGCGCUACUCGGAGGAUCAGAUCCAGCGGCUCUGCCGGCACCUCAGCGUCGACAGCUUCAAGAGCAACAAGUCCGUCAACUAUGACGUCAUGAGCGAGCUCGGCAUCAUGGUGAAGGGCGAGGGCGGAUUCAUAAGAAAAGGCAAGGCGGGCGGGUGGCGCGAGCACUUCGACGAGGAGAUGGCGCAGCAGGCGGAGCGCUGGAUCAGCGACAACCUGCGGGGAACAGACUUCCGGUUCCCGCACAUGGACAAGGAGGCGCAGUGAAAGUAUUACUAUAUGACAAAUGUUUUAUUGGAAUAACAUGCUUACAAUUACUUAAUUACCUAAGAUUAUUAAGUAACAAAAAAUAUCCACAAAGAUAGAAUUAAUAUAGGAAAUUUGAAACUGAAUUUUAUAUUAGAAAACAGAAUUUUAUAUACAUAAGUUAAUUUAGCUUAGUUUAGGCAACAUCUGUUACACGUGGAAUACGAGCGAGCUUGAUUAUUAUAAUUUAUAUUGUAAAUUCUUGUAUCAAAUUGCAAAUAAAACGAUUCCAGAUCCUUC